AUGGACGUCGACGUGCGCCCCAGGAAGAAGAGGCGCUUCUUCGUCGAUGAUCCUGAAGAUGUCGCCGACCCCCGAGUGUCGACCUCUUCCGCCCCUGCCUCCAGUAGACCAAUCUCCGCAACCUCGUCGACAGGAGAAGAACGCCAGAAGUCCAGCCAAACGGAUCUCGAUGGUACAGGGGCCAUACUCGAUGGAGAUAGUACCCUAAGGUUCGAUGCGGACACAUUCCGAACAUUCGUUGGUGAAGAUGUCAAUCAAGAUGUAGUGAACACAGUCCAGAGUGUCGCGCAUGGAGAUAUGGAACGAGCUAUCAACAUGUACCUUGACGGAUCCUGGAAGAACCCCGUGGUUGCGAGAUCGUCGAUACAACAAUCACUGCCUUCAAAGGGUGUGGAUGUGUGGCUCACCAACUCCGAGAAGAACCGCAGCCCGCCUAGCGCCCUUGAGCCCUCGACCGAGACAGAUGGCAGUCCAAAAACACCCCUGCUGCACUCGAUGCCAGCCGAACGAUAUGUCGGUUCGUUUGGCGUUGCAGCAUGGAUGACAAAAAGCGGAACCAACCUGUUGGCUCAUGGCGAAGCCGUCCGGAUAGAAAGAUCCAGGAUCACGCCGCGGACCAAACUUGGAAGAGGUGGAAAGCUGGUGCCGAUAGUCGGGAGAAAUCAAAAGGCGGAUGUGAUCACACGGUUCACAAAUUCUAAAGGCGAGGAGCUGGGUCGUCUUCCCGAAGAAACCGCCGCCUGGGUGUCGCCGUUGAUAGACCAGAAAGUCUGCCGGUUCGAGGGCACAUGCGUGUAUGCGCCUGACCGCGUUCGAGUGAAUGAUACGGUCUACCUGCAACUGCAUGCUUUUUUCCUCAAGACUGCAUUUGAAGCCAGUGCGUUCGUCAAACCAAAGGACGACAACCGAGCUACCGGGUUCUUCGAAGAGAAAGAGAGCAGUGAAGAAAAGGAUCUGCGUCUUCGACAGGUUGCCCUCAUCAAACUCUUCGAAGAAGUCAACCUCAAUCCGACGUCGACAAAUGAAACCACUGCAAAACACAAAAAGCAAGGACUGUUGAGAGCGGCAGAGAUGGCCGAGCAGUACGACAAAGAGAAGGAUCCUCCGAAAGGAAAGGCGGCUCCAUCGACUCCAAAUUCCGAGGACGAGGAAGGAGAAGAGUUGGAAGAAGAUCAAUUGGACACGCUGUAUCAGAAAGCACAGUCCUUCGACUUCAAUACGCCUGAAGCUGAGCCCGCGUCGACAUUUGCUCUUGACCUCCGAAAGUACCAGAAGCAGGCGUUGCACUGGAUGCUCUCGAAGGAGAGAGACGAGUCAUCCAACAAGCAGCAGUCCAUGCACCCGCUCUGGGAAGAAUACGUUUGGCCUACCAAGGAUGCAAAUGACUUACCUCUUCCCAAUGUCGAAGGUCAAGACAAGUUCUACGUCAACCUCUAUUCAGGAGAAAUCAGCCUUGAAUUUCCAGUGCAGGAACAGCACUGUCUUGGAGGAAUUUUGGCUGAUGAGAUGGGGUUGGGCAAGACGAUCGAGAUCUACAGUCUCAUCCACUCGAACCGCUCAGAUAUUGAUCUUCAGACGGCAGACAAGUCUGUCACAUCCGUCAACAACCUACCUCGUCUGCCACAGUCAUCAACGUCCGUUGAGCCGGCGCCAUGUACGACUCUGGUUGUCGCCCCCAUGUCGUUGUUAGCACAGUGGGAGAGCGAGGCGGUGAAGUGCUCCACGCCGGGGUCUCUUCGAACGAUGGUGUAUUAUGGCAGCGAGAAGUCUGCAAACCUGCAAGUCCUAUGCUCAGCCGCAAAUGCAGCUUCAGCUCCCAAUGUCAUUAUCACGAGUUAUGGCACGAUUCUGUCGGAGUUUGGACAGAUCACUGCCGCAGGUGGUGAUCGUGGCUCUCUCGGCGGGCUCUUCUCUGUGGAAUUCCACCGGGUGAUCCUUGACGAAGCUCAUACGAUCAAAAACAGACAAGCAAAGACAUCAAAAGCAUGCUACGAACUCAAAGCCAAGCAUCGCUGGGUCUUGACUGGUACACCUAUCGUGAAUAGGUUGGAAGACCUGUUCAGCUUGGUCCGCUUCCUCAAAGUCGAGCCCUGGAGCAAUUUCUCGUUCUGGAAGACGUUCAUCACCGUGCCCUUUGAAUCCAAGGAAAUUGCCCGGGCACUCAACGUUGUGCAAACAGUGUUGGAACCGUUGGUUCUCCGACGGACAAAAGACAUGAAAACUCCGGAUGGCGAGGCUCUCGUACCAUUACCUCCCAAGACCAUCACGGUGGAGGAAGUUGAGCUUUCCAAAACCGAACGAGAGGUAUACGACCUCAUUUUCACCAGAGCCAAACGAGCCUUCAAUGAUUCGGUCCAAGCGGGGACGUUGCUGAAGUCCUAUACCACCAUUUUUGCCCAGAUUCUGCGGCUACGGCAGUCGUGCUGUCACCCGGUCUUGACCCGGAACAAAGACAUCGUGGCAGAUGAGGAAGAUGCCGCGGUCGCUGCUGCGGCCGAUGGCAAUGGCUUCGCUGAUGAUAUGGACCUUCAAGACCUCAUCGAGCGUUUCACCAAUGACACCCACCUGGCCGAGAGUGACAGUGCGGCAAACCGAGAUCCGAUCACGACAUUCACCACGAACGCGCUUCGUCAAAUACAGGACGAGUCCAGCGGCGAGUGUCCUCUGUGUUACGAGGAGCCGAUGUUAAAUCCCGCCGUGACGACCUGCUGGCACAGUGCAUGCAAAGAAUGUUUGGAGAAAUUCAUCUCACAUCAAAAGGACAAAGGCGAAGUGCCGCGCUGCUUUUCGUGCCGCGAGUCGAUCAACCCUCGAGACGUGUUCGAAGUGGUCAAGCACCACAGCCCAUCGGCCUCCUCCGACCCCGAGGGAGAUCUGUACUCUGCAGACGAAGUGGUCUCAAGACCGACCAAGAUCUCUCUUCGCCGGAUCCAUCCCUACUCGCCCACAGCCUCGACAUCCGCAAAGAUAGCGGCGUUGCUGAAGCACCUCACCACACUUCCGAGGGGGACAAAGUCGGUGGUGUUCUCCCAAUUCACCGCUUUCCUGGACCUGAUCGCACCGCAACUCUCCAAACACGGCCUUCACCACCUUCGAUUCGACGGGACCAUGUCGCAGAAGGUUCGUGCUCAGGUGAUCCGAGCAUUCAACGCAGACAAUGCGUCAGACCCCCAGGCACCGCAUGUCUUACUCCUCUCACUACGUGCCGGCGGUGUGGGCUUGAACUUGACCGCCGCAAGCCGGUGUUUCAUGAUGGAUCCCUGGUGGAGUUUUGCUGUCGAGGCGCAAGCCAUCGACAGGGUGCAUCGGAUGGGCCAGACGGAAAAGGUCGAAGUCGUUCGCUUCGUGACCAAGGACAGCAUUGAAGGAAGGAUGCUGCGUGUCCAGGAGAGGAAGAUGGCUGUUGCCGGCUCACUGGGGGUCGGACAAUCCGGGGCCGGUGGCGACACGGAAGAGGAGAGAAAGAAACGACGGAUCGAAGAACUGGAGAUGCUGCUCGGUUAA